AUGCUCAAUAUAAAUGCAAAGUCUUUUGUUCCACCAGGAGCAAUUUAUUCACCACUUUCUUCCAGAAUUGAUAUAGUAUUUUAUCAGUAUCGCAUUGAUGUUCCACUGCAAAAGACAACGGAAUUAUCUUCAACCGCCAAGGUUCAAAACCUCUAUUCUUUAAUUUUCUCUAAAGAUAUGGUCGCUGUUCGUGGAGGUCUUGACGAAGAGAGCCUCUACUAUUUUCUAAGCACAAUCUUUAUGUCAGCAACAAAUGUUCCAUACCUAGAUGGUAAUACAAUGCAAGGAUCAGGAUUUUUAUUGUCGCGGCGAAUUCUCAGUCUUCAUGCUGAUGUAAAAAAUAUUAAUAUUCUAAAUAAUGCUCCUGGCUAUCUGGUUCGCCUCAAUAUAGCUGGAUAUUUUGGCUUCAAUGGGUCUGUUCUCAUCAGUAACAUGUGGAAAUCUUUUUUUGAUAAAAUUUGCAGUGAUCCUAAAUUCAUUUCGAUGGGCUACGUCAGAUCCUUAGUUGGUUUAAAUAAGGGUUAUAUAGGUGGAACCUAUCACCACUAUUUUUUUGCUGCAUGUUCGUCUUUAGAUGCAGUUCGAAAAAUUCAAGAACAACUACUCAAAGACUCUAGUCUGCAACCUUUACGUGUUCUUCCUAUUUCGUCGAUUAUUCCUUUUUUAUGUGGGCCUAAAAAUCCUCUCGGUAUUGUGAUUACAAUAGGAGAGAAUGCUAGAGAAAAAUAUCUUGAAGGCUCAGUAUCCGAUUUUUCUUUGGAAAUGGAUUACUUUGUAAACGAUCCUGAACGCACGCGUCAAAGUCUUGAAACUUUUGAAAAAUCAUAUUUAUUUAUUUUAAAUGGCGAUUGCAGAUGGGAAAAAACCUAUGUGGCUCAUCUUUACAUAAAUCCAAUUAUUUCUCAAAAUGACGAUAAUUUCCAAAUUUGUGAUGUACUGCGUUAUAUCGGGAAUCUUUGUGCUGACACUGCAACCACCAUCAUCGGUGUUUCGUUCAGCAGACUUGAUUUGGUUCCUGGAAGUUAUGAGCUCAACAUGUUAAAUAAGAAAGCACCAUUUUUUGAAAAUGCGUCUUUUGACGAAAUUAUGGAAAGACGUUAUUCUUUUGAUACCGUUAAUUUAAUCUAUCCUCCGAUCCCGCAAAGUAUUUGCGGGUCAAUGCGCAGUUCAACAUUUAUGUCGGCUGUUAAUGCUAUCCAUACUUUCCGCCUUAGUGGUUUGACAAAAUUACUAAAGGAGAAGUUGCUUACUCUCACGACUCUUCAAGAUGCGGCGGAUCACUUUGCAAAUCAUCUUUUUUUUGCAAGGUGCAAAUCACUUGGCACUCCAAUUUUAUUAGGUACAGAUAAUGAUGGAAAUGUUUUUGGUGUCGAUCUUUGUAAAUUUAGUAUUUUUGGCUUACCAAAUGUGUUAUUAGGAGUUGCAGAACCCCUAAGGGGUUGUCUUUUUAAAGGAACAUUGACUUCAUCUCAUUAUGACAUUUUAGAAUACCGCAUUAUGAUUGAAGAUGUAUUUAUUUUCCACGGAAAAGAGGUGUAUGAUAGAAUGUUUAUUGAUCGAUGGCACUUACUAGAAAAUACAGACUUAAACGAAGAGGACUCUUGUCCGCAUGCAACUUAUAAUCAUAUUGUGGUUCUCAAAGCUGGGUAUGUCUCAAUUGAUAAAACUGAAACUUUAAUUAAAACCUUUUCAAGCGAUCAUGCAAUACAGGGUAUUGUGUUUGUUUGUGAUGAUGCUAGUGUUUCCGACAACACUAGUCCGUUUGCUUACCUAUGGAAGCCACCAGCUUCGUUGACAAUAUUUUUUACCGUAUCAAAAGUGGAAUCGGCUCCCGAAGGAGACAAUGCGAUUAAACGUGCUUUUCUUUCGGUACGAGUGGAUGAAUCUGAAAAAUCAUUUACCGAAUAUGAAGGUGAAUAUGUUGAUUUUUUUUCCGAGGCGUAUCCUGAAAUAAAAAUCGGAAGUGUUGUUAAUUGUAUUCCUCGCUAUUCAAAUGAUGGUGCCCGCUGGUGGGAUAUUCUUCGUAGCUACGAAUCUGAACUUCACAGCGUAUCAACCUAUAAGGAGGUAUAUACUCUUCUGCAAAGCCCUGGAAUUAACCAAAAAGAAAUGUUAUGGCUUUUAAAUGCUCGGUCCUACCUAUGUGAACGGUGCCACAAAGUGAAUGAUUCGGGUGAAAUGAAUCCCCAACACAAUGCUUACUGGUGUGAAGACUGUUGGAAUGAAACCGGGCAUGGAAAUUGUAUCUAUUGCGGCAUGAUUCUUGUCUUGGGAAUGCUGGAUGCGAUAAGCAAUUUUUUCUACUGUGAAGACUGCUGGAAUAUAUUUUAUUCCACAAAUACACAGGCUGAAAUAGGGUAUCAUGUGCCUCCCCCUCCGGAAGGGACAUUUAAGGAGCAAGUGAUGACGCGAUGCAUUUCCCUUCUAAUUGACAAGAUCAACCCAAAGUUUCCAACAAACGACGUUCUUGAUUUAUGUUGUGGUGGCUCAGUCGUGCGCAAGUGGAUGUUCAAUAAAACAGUACGCUAUGUCGGUGUUGAUUUGCAAGCAAGCGCAGUAGAUUCAGUACUUGAGACGAUAUCAAAUUCUUCAGAGCUUCCUCCAAAUGGUGAGUAUGACGUUAUUUGCGCUAAUGCCUUUUCGGUUGAUUUUUGGAUAUGUUCAAUUGCUAAAAUACAUCCGAGACAGUUUCAGACAAUUGCAUGUUUUAGUGGACUUCACCAUGCUUUUUCAGAUGAAAUGGUGGCACGGCACUUUAUUUCAAGUGUCGCUAGUGCCUUGGUUCCUGGUGGACUAUUUCUUGGGUUUCUGCUUGAUUCCAGUGUUUUAUAUUCUAAAGGCGAAAAAUAUGGAAACUCGGUAUUUUCCACUGAAUGGAAAGAGGGUUCUGUCCCUAGAAUUGGGCAGCGAUUCAGUAUAUCCGUGGACAAACCUUUGCAUGAAGUGGCGGUCAUUCCAAUUGAUUUUCUUGUUGCCGUUGGGUCCGAAUAUGGGUUGAAGGUGGUCUUAGAAGCCUGUCAAACUGUACGAGGACUGAUUGAAAAAGAUGCAAGCUGGACUCGGGUUCCAUCGGUGGAUGAAAAAGAAUAUUUCUGUGCGCUUAAAUCAUUUGCAUUCAAAAAGGAAAGUAACAAGCAGCUACCUUCCACAAAGAAAGCCCCCAAAAACGUUUAA